AUGUCUCUUCCUACCAGAAGUUCCGCUACUUCGCCCGCCAAACUUUCCGCGUUCCUGGACAUUGUGUCCAGUAUUGUUGGACCAGAAAACGUUUCGCGGGAUCCCUCUUGGGGAGCACCUAGAGGCCUCAAUGGUGCUUGCAAUUACGGCGACCCCUUCCCGUUGGGUAAUACCCACCAUGCGGCAGCCGCUGUCAGGCCUGCCUCUGUCGACCACGUUCAGCAGAUAGUCAAGGCAUCAAACGAUAAUCUGACACCCCUCUGGACAAUAUCGCGAGGGAAGAAUCUCGGGUACGGUGGCUCGGCACCUGUUUUAUCAGGAUCUGUUGUUCUCGACUUGCAUCGAAUGACAGAUAUCAUCGAAAUCAAUGAAGAAUACGCUUACGCUAUCGUGGAACCUGGUGUUACGUUCAUGCAGCUCUAUGCCGAGAUCAAACGACGAGGUUUGAAUUUGUGGAUGUCCGUACCAGCUUUGGGUUGGGGCUCUAUUAUCGGAAAUACACUGGAGAGGGGAUUUGGCUACACCCCGGAAGCCGUGCAUUACAAACAGCAAUCUGGCCUAGAGGUUGUGCUGCCUAAUGGUGAUCUGUUGAGGACUGGUAUGGGAGCUAUGGAGGGCAACAAGACAUGGCCGCUCUAUUCAGGUGGCCUGGGCCCAGGUGUUGAUGGACUGUUCUUUCAGUCCAAUUAUGGAAUUGUCACUAAAAUGGGCAUUCAUCUUUCCCAUGCGCCUGAUGCAUACACCCGUAUCGAAGUAGAUUGCAUGGAAGAGGAAGACGUUGUACCCCUCACAGGCGCACUCACAGAACUGAUGCGUCGACGCGUCAUUACUAACCCCCCACAGCUCUUCAACUCCAUGACCAUCAUUACCGGAAUGAUGCAUACCAGCAACGAGAUAUCGAAAAUGCUAGGGUCAUAUUCGUCUUUGAAGCACCGCAUCCCAGCCAACAUCGUCACUGAGAUUACAGAGCGCUUCAGAAUUCCCGCAUGGCGCACCGCAUUUGCCAUAUAUGCGCCCCGCGAGGCACAUGCUGGUCUGCUCGGGGCCAUUAGGCGUCGGCUGGAGCUUAUUAAGGGUGCAAAGCUCACGGCUGAGACAUUUACAGCACCUCCUGGCAAGUAUCUCCGAGGCGAGGAUGUGGCCCCUGACUUCCUGCCUCAGAAUGGCGUCCCGGGCCUCGACCCUGUAACUGUUUUUGAGGACCACAAAAAUGGUGAAGGCUUGUGGCAUAACUCCUAUUCGCCUGUCGUCCCACCCUCUGGUCGAGAAUUAUACGAGUGGUAUCGUGGCGCGAAAGAAAUAACCGAGGAGAACGAUCUCAAUUUUGUGGCUGACUUCCACGUCUUUGACCGCUACGUCAUUGCUAUCAAUCUUGUCAUAUUCCAUCCUUCAGCCAAAGCCCGAUUAUACCCACUCCAGAUGGCACUAAUGAAGUAUACGAGAAGAUCUGGCUACCUCGAGUACCGCGCGCACGUCAGCUUCAUGGACGCAACCGCUGCUCAUCAGGAUUUCAACGCGGGCGCCUUUAGACGUUUCACAGCUUUACUGAAGGACGCUAUCGACCCCAACGGGGUGCUUUCACCAGGAAAGCAGGGGGUAUGGAAUAAGACCACGGGUCCGAGAUUAUGA